GUGGGGUGUGUGUUGGACUAUGCAGAGCAAACCUGUGCAGAUUUACUCAAAAGGAAGCCCCGGUGGGGAGAAAGAUUGAAUUGGUAUCACACACAAAAACCCUUAAAAAUGGGGCUCCUGUUGGGAAGGGGGAACCCCUUUGGGACUCUUCUAGGGGCAGCAGAAUGUUUUGGGCAGCAGAAUCCCUGCCGGGCCUCUGGGGCUCCCUUUGCUUCUUCCUCCCUCCCAGGAACCUGCAUCUUCUGAGCUCCUCAGGAAGGACCAAAGCGCCUGAACCUGCAAACCUAGCAAGGAUGGAAGGAGGAAGAUGGACAGUUGACCUUAUCAGACUGCCUCCUGCAUCCCUCCCCAAAACCUCUGGGCGUUUUCUCCCAGGACCCUCAGAGACAUCUGAAACCUGCAGCUCGUUUUCGCUUGGGAGCUCCUCAGGAAGGAUGAAAGAGUCUGAUAAUGCAAACCUAGCGAGAAUGGAAGGAGGAAGAUGGACGGUUGACUUGGUCAGGCUGCCUCCUGAAUCCCACUCCAAAACUGUUGCGCAUUUCCUCCCAGGGCCCUCAGAGAGAUCUGGUGGUGCAGACAAUCGACAGAACUCUGCAGAAUGUGGAAUGAGCUUUAUUGAUGGUGGAAACCUUACAGACCAUCAACGAACUCACACGGGGGGAAAACCAUUUAAAUGUUUGGAAUGUGGAAAGAGUUGUAGCAGUAAUAACAUUCUUAAACAUCAGCGAAUUCAUACAGGGGAAAACCAAUAUGAAUGUUUGGAGUGUGGUAAGUGCUUCAGUAUGAGUGGAGAUCUUACAAGACAUCAACGGACUCACACAGGAGAGAAACCAUUUAAAUGUAUGGAGUGUGGUAAGUGUUUCAGUACGGGUGGAAAGCUUACAAGACAUCAACGGACUCACACAGGAGAGAAACCAUUUAAAUGUAUGGAGUGUGGAAAGAGCUUCAGUGAAAGUUGGUCCCUUCAUAUGCAUCAUAGAAGUCACACAGGGGAGAAACCAUUUAAAUGUAUGGAGUGUGGAAAGAGUUUCAGUUCUGGUUCAAGCCUUGCUUUACAUCAUUACACCCACACAGGGGAGAAACCAUUUAUAUGUAUGGAGUGUAAAAAGUGCUUCCGUGACAGGGGAACACUUAGAAAACAUCAACUAAUUCAUACAGGGGAAAAGCCAUUCACAUGUAUGGAGUGUGGAAAGAGCUUCCGUCAUAUUGGUAAACUUCGAGUACAUCAACUGACUCACACAGGAGAGAAACCAUUUGAAUGUCUAGAGUGUGGAAAGUGGUUCCGACGAAAGGCACACCUCACUUCACAUCGGCGAACUCACACGGGGGAGAAACUAUUUAAAUGUUUGGAAUGUGGAAAGACCUCCACUGAUAGUCAAACACAUGCAGUACAUCAACGAACUCACACAGGGGUUAAACCAUUUAAAUGUAUGGAGUGUGGAAAGAGCUUUGGUCAGAGUUCCCACCUUCGUACACACCAGCAAACUCACACAGGGGUGAAACAGUUUAAAUGCUUAGAGUGUGGAAAGAGCUUCAGUCAGAGUGCACACCUUACUUUACAUAAACAUACUCACACAGGGGUGAAAGACUUUAAAUGCUUGGAGUGUGGAAAGAGCUACAGUAGACGUGAUAAACUUAGUGAACAUCAGAGAACUCACACAGGGGUUAAACCAUUUAAAUGUAUGGAGUGUGGAAAGAGCUUUGGUCAGAGUUCCCACCUUCGUACACACCAGCAAACUCACACAGGGGUGAAACAGUUUAAAUGCUUAGAGUGUGGAAAGAGCUACAGUAGACGUGAUAAACUUAGUGGACAUCAGAGAACUCACACAGGGGUUAAACCAUUUAAAUGUAUGGAGUGUGGAAAGAGUUUCCAUCAGAGUGCACAGCUUGCUUUACAUAAACGUACUCACACAGGGGAGAAACCCUUUAAAUGUAUGGAGUGUGGAAAGAGCUUCAGUUGGAAGAAUCAACUUAAUUCACAUCAACGAACUCACACAGGGGAGAAACCCUUUAAAUGUAUGGAGUGUGGAAAGAGGUUCAGCGAAAGUUCCUUCCUUAAUAUUCAUCAUCGAACCCACACAGGGGAGAAACCAUUUAAAUGUAUGGAGUGUGGAAAGAGUUUCCACAAUUACAAUUAUCUUACAAGACAUCAACGGACUCACACAGGAGAAAAACCAUUUAAAUGUAUGGAGUGUGGAAAGAGCUUCAGUGAAAGUUGGUCCCUUCAUAUGCAUCAUAGAAGUCACACAGGGGAGAAACCAUUUAAAUGUAUGGAGUGUGGAAAGAGUUUCAGUUAUAGUUCAAGCCUUGCUUUACAUCAUUACACCCACACAGGGGAGAAACCAUUUGAAUGCAUGGAGUGUAAAAAGAGCUUCAAUGACAAGGGAACACUUAGAAAACAUCAACUAAUUCACACAGGGGAAAAGCCAUUCACAUGUAUGGAGUGUGGAAAGAGCUUCCGUCAUAUUAGUUCACUUCGUGUACAUCAACGGACUCACACAGGGGAGAAACCAUUUGAAUGUCUAGAGUGUGGAAAGUGGUUCGGACGAAAGACACACCUCACUUCACAUCGGCGAACUCACACGGGGGAGAAACUAUUUAAAUGUUUGGAAUGUGGAAAGACUUCCAUUGAUAGUCGAACACAUGCAGAACAUCAACGAACUCACACAGGAGAGAAACCGCUUAAAUGUAUGGAGUGUGGAAAGAGCUUUGGUCAGAGUUCCAACCUUCGUACACAUCAGCGAACUCACACAGGGGUUAAACCAUUUAAAUGUAUGGAGUGUGGAAAGAGCUUUGGUACGAGUUCCCACCUUCGUACACAUCAGCGAACUCACACAGGGGUUAAACCAUUUAAAUGUAUGGAGUGCGGAAAGAGUUUCCGUCAGAGAGCACACCUUUACAUACAUAAACAUACUCACACAGGGGUGAAAGACUUUAAAUGCUUGGAGUGUGGAAAGAGCUUCAGUCGACGACAUAGACUUAGUGAACACCAGAGAACUCACACAGGGGAGAAACCAUUUACAUGUAUGCAAUGUGGAAAGAACUUCAGUCACAGUGGAGCCCUUAGAACACACCAGCAAACUCACACAGGGGUGAAACACUUUAAAUGCUUGGAGUGUGGAAAGAGCUACAGUCGACGUGAUAAACUUCGUAAACAUCAGAGAACUCACACAGGGGGGAAACGUAUGGAGUGUGGAAAAGGUUUCCAUCAGAGUGCACAGCUUACUUUACAGAAACAUACUCACACAGGGGAGAAACCCUUUAAAUGUAUGGAGUGUGGAAAGAGCUUCAGCUGGAAGAAUCAGCUUAAUUCGCAUCAACGAACUCACACAGGGGAGAAACCCUUUAAAUGUAUGGAGUGUGGAAAGAGGUUCAGCGAAAGUUGCUCCCUUAAUAUUCAUCAUCGAACCCACACAGGGGAGAAACCAUUUAAAUGUAUGGAGUGUGGAAAGAGUUUCCGUCAGAGGACACACCUCACUUUACAUAAACGUACUCAUACAGGGCUGAAACACUAAAUACUUGGAGUGUGGAAAGGGCUUCAGUCAACGUGAGAAACGUAGUGAACAUUCACUCGAUGUUCAUUAUUUUACAUAGAAUUCUAGAAUGCUAGAGUUGACCAUGGACAUAAUUUGAGGGAUUUUUCGAUGGGGCAGUGUGAAAACACAUUCACUGUAUUUUGUUCACUUUUCUGGAACAAAUGAACCUCAAAGGCAGACUUGCAUGACAAUGCACCAAGAGGUUCAAUGCUGUCAAUUGUGGACUGAAUCAGGACAAUGGAUAUUUUUCACAAUAUGUGGGUGAAUCGUAUUCACAGUGCCAACUCCAGUGGUACUUUGGUUUAAGAACAACUUAGUUUAUGAACAACUUGGAAUAAAAAUGCUGGAAACCUGUAA